AGCAUAUUGUAGAGGAAAAAUUUUCGCAAUAUUUGAGUCGACAGUACCUUAGGGGAAGCAUCGAAACUAGUGCACUAUGACCCAUCAAUAACAAACCAGGCCACGCUUCCCAGUUAACCGAUGACAUGCAUUUUGAUUAAUUAAAUAAGUGAAACGGUCUGGUCUGCCGAUAAAAUUAAUGACAUAUUUAUGUGUCAAUAAAACUGAAAUAAAACAAUGACAUUUUGCUAAGUUAAAUAAGACUUUAUAGUUUUUUAUUACAUCAACUUAAAUUUUGCAUGGCUAUGGGGAUUGGGUGUAUAGUUUUUUAAAAGACUGAUUCUAGCGCCAGUCCUGAUAAUCAUCUAAAUAAAGAGCAAGGCGUAUCAUCAUUAUAAACUUUGUUGUUGUUUUUCGCUUAAAAUGUUCUAAAUUCACCUUCUCCCAUUUCUCUGAGGAAGGGAGCAGCGGAGGGGGAGGGAAGCUUGUCUGAAGCGGUCUAUUGAUGACCUCACGCUAGAAUGUGUCAUAUAGUAGAGAUGCUGACAUUCUGAUUGGUCGCCCGUGUCCCAGCGGUACUUCAAAGCUGAAGAGGACCUACAAUUGUGGCGGAAUGGGCGGAACAGAUCAUUGUAUAGCAGACCUCUAAAAAAAGAGUGCUCCCAUUUAUAAAUAUAAAAAGAUCUUCAAAAGAGGGCACUUUUGUGAUGGCAACUUCACUUCUAGGGGUGAGUCUAAGGCUUUUCUUGCUAGUUUAAUUAGUUCUUUUAUUGUUCGCACGGAGGGGAUUAAAAUGCCUUCACCCAGAGCAGGGAAGUCAGUUUGUUGAUAAUGUUUAAGCAAGUUGGUCAAAUAGAACGAGUCUAAGUUUGCAACUUUUAAGGUGAAGGAACUGGAGUGAUUUUUUCCCCUUCCAGUCUACCCUAGUCCGUCGAUAUGCUUAAUCUUUUUUUAGGAUUUUAAGUAUUCGUCUUGUUUUUAUGUUCGUGAUUUCCUGCUCAUCUCGAUCUACAGGAAGAGCCAAGGUUGGGAUCGACCCCUUUAGCCAUGUUAGCUGCUACCUGUAACAAGAUUGGGAGCCCAAGCCCUUCGCCUACUUCGAUUUCGGACAGUUCCGCGUCUUUUGGGAAAGGUUUCCAUCCGUGGAAAAGAGCAGCGUCCAGCAGCUGUAAUCUUGGAUCCAGCCUCUCAACUUUUGGCGUGUCUGGGACUUCCAGGAACGGAGCCGGGCUGGGAGACUCGUUCAGUGGGAACAGCUCGACUGGAUCCAGUGCAUUUUCGCUGACCUCCAGUAACUCUUCAAAUUCUCCCUUUGGGAACGAAUAUUCCGUUUUUCCAGCGUCUGUGUCAAACACCUCUCAAGAACCGAGUCACCAGCCGGUGUUUAUCUCGAAGGUGCACACAUCUGUCGACAGUCUGCAGGGUAUCUAUCCAAGGAUGAGCGUCGCGCAUCCGUACGAAUCGUGGUUUAAGUCGCCACAUCCAGGCAUUCCUGCCGGGGAUGUCGGCACCAGCGGCGCCUCGGCGUGGUGGGACAUGGGUGCCGGGUGGAUUGACGUUCAGAAUCCCAACGGAGCUGCGCUACAGACGUCUUUGCACUCUGGAGGACUUCAGACGUCGUUGCAUUCCCCGUUGGGAGGCUACAGCUCUGACUAUUCCGGGUUGAGUCAUUCUGCCUUUAGUACUAGCGCUUCGCCCCAUUUGUUGACCACAAGUCAGCACCUGAUGGAUGGAUUCAAGCCGGUGUUGCCCGCUUCUUACCCGGACCCCAGUCCAUCUCCUUUAACGGGAGCUGGAGGUGCCAUGCUGACCGCGGGUCCCAGCGCUCCCCUUGCAGGAUCUCCCCGGUCCUCCGCGCGGCGAUACUCGGGUAGAGCUACCUGCGACUGUCCCAACUGCCAGGAAGCGGAGAGACUCGGACCGGCGGGAGCGAGCCUGCGGAGGAAAGGGCUGCACAGCUGUCACAUUCCAGGGUGUGGGAAAGUUUACGGAAAAACAUCACACUUAAAGGCGCAUUUGCGGUGGCACACUGGAGAGAGACCAUUCGUGUGCAACUGGUUGUUCUGUGGGAAAAGAUUCACCAGGUCCGACGAGCUGCAGCGACACCUGCGCACUCACACCGGCGAAAAAAGGUUUGCUUGUCCGGUGUGUAAUAAGCGCUUUAUGCGCAGCGACCACCUCAGUAAACACGUUAAAACUCACACCGCUGGAGGCUCUGCGGAAUCGGGUUCUGGUGGCAGCGGAGGGAAAAAGGGCAGCGACACCGACAGCGAACACAGUGUCCCCGCGAGCCCUUCGUGUCAUUCGCCUGACAUGAUGCAUCCUGCAGAGUCUGUUCAAAACAGCGGACUGAGCUGCCCAAGUAAUUCUAUAGAAUGAGAAGUGAAAGACUAUAAACUUGUAAAAGCAAACGUGUACGUGUGUUUCGUAAAGUAAUUAUAUUUACGUGCAACAUACUUGGCGAAAUUACACAAUUUUGUGGGGCAGUUUUUGAACUGAUCAAAACGGCUGGAAAACGUCCAUUCUUUUGAAUGCUUUAAUUCACUGCAAAAUGUGAAAUUACGAUGAUGUGUUUUCAGAAUUAAACCUCUGGUUUUCAUAUGGUUCGAAAACCAAGAAUAUCGUCAACUUGGGCCAACUUCCUAUAUAUAGGCCUAUGCAAACCUGUCAACACUUACGUCCCAAAAAAUGUCAAUAAUGAAUAUGAUACUGGCGUUAAAGGAGACUUCUGGAAACUUCUGGUUGUAACAAUAAUCACUAGUGUUCUUAAUCUGCUGGUUCUUUGCAAUUUAGUUUACUUUUAAAAGUCCAGUUCCGGGAAUUGUAGGCGUGUGUGAGAUGAACGUUUUAAACGGUCAUGUCCAGUACGUCAAAACAGAUAGUAAAACACUGUAUUUAUGAUUAAUUAGCGUGUUUCUCGGCAGUUCGAUUAUUUUCACAUUUUCCAUUUGGUGUCUACCUUUGAAAACCAAACUCUGGCACUUUAUUCUCCAGCUCCGCUUUAGGGUAACAUUAUCGGAGUUUGCCUGUGGCGAAUUAAACUGAAUUUUAAAUGAGGUAAUUGUUUCGGUUUCUGUAAAGUCUUGAUAUUGCCGCUUAGGCCUAAUUUGUAGAAUAUAUGUGCUACGUGUUUUGCUUUUUAUCGAGGCAGAUAUCAUAUCAACUGGAGGGCGUUUUCUUUCAACAGAACCACCCUAAGACAUGUCGUAUUUAUUAUCAGAUCAUUCUGGCGUAAUGCACGAUGUUGCUGGAGAUUUAAUAACUGGAAGAUAUUAUUACUAUUAUUAUUAUUAAACAUCAAUAUGUUUAAUAGCCUAUAGGUUUGCCUGGGAGACUAAUUUUGUACAGUAUUUCAGUGUGAAUUGAUUUAAAUAUCUGAAAAUAUAUGGGAGUAGUCUA